UCUCCAAUGUCGGAUUCAAAGUCUUCAGUUAAGUCGAAAAUACUGUCGAUGUUGGACUCCGACAUGGCUGCCGCGGCUCAACAGCUGAUUCAACUAAGCGACGAAAACAACAGUAAAUGCUGCAACAGCAAUGAAGACAACAAGGGAAUCGAAACACAGAUGAUCAAAAACCAAAGUCAAGAUGAUAUAACUACUUCUGCAAAGAUUGAAGAGAUUUUUGGGGAAGAAGAUGAAAUUUCGAGAAAGAAAAAAAGGUAUCGAUCUAUUGAGAGUAUUUACAAGGAGACGAAGCGUGUUAAGGUUGGCAACGACAAGAAUUCUUGGUAUUGA